UGGCAGCGGCUCACCCGAACGCGCCAUUACAUCACCCUGGAAUGCCUAAAGGAGCCUGAGCAGUCUUCUUGGAUGGACACCUGGCUUAAAGGGACCGACGAGAAUAUGAUAAAUGUGACGAACCUGUCUCGGGCCUCAUUCAACCUUCUACUAUAUCGCUUUGCGCCUCAUUACGAGAUUCCCAUCUUCUACUCGAAAGGGUGGCGGCCUCAAAAGCUCCAA